CAAAACCCCCCUCGGGCACCGGCCGCUCCGGGCCCGUCCGGUCCCGCCGGGCUCUCCAUGCGAGCCGAGCCCCGAUGGCCGCGGUCCCGAGCGCCGGGAUCAAGCGCAAACAGGAGGAUGCGGGACCGGGAUCAGGAUCGGGAUCGGGUUCGGUCGCCUCCGACGACGAGAUCGCCACGAGCGACAGCGGCGACAGCUGCGACAGCGGCGGCAGCACCGGCAGCGCCGCCCCCCCGUCCAUCCUGCGGCGCUCCCGGGCGCGCCGGGGCGGGAAGCGCGUGCGCUUUGCCCAGGUCACCGUUUAUUACUUCGCCCGGCGCCAGGGCUUCACCUGCGUGCCCAGCGCCGGGGGCAGCUCCCUGGGCAUGGCCCCCCGGCACCACCGUGCCCGCAGGUACAGCCUCAGCCAGUUCGCUCACCUGCGCCAGGUGAGCCACCGGCAGCACCUGCGGCAGCACCUGCGGCGGGAGAAACUGCGCGCCAGGAGGAGAGAGCUGACCCAGAACGGGACGGUGCCGUCGGCCGAGGCCGCGGGGCUGACGCUGGCGGACGUGUCGGACGAUGACCUGGACGUGGGGCAGGUGGAGGUGGGCGAUUAUUUCUACCUGCAGCCGCUGCCCACCAAGCGGCGCCGGGCGCUGCUGCGCGCCUCGGGCGUGCGCAGGAUUGACGCCGAGGAGCGCCAGGAGCUGCGGGCGCUGCGCCAGUCCCGGGAACAGUGCGGGUGCCACUGCCGCCUCACCUGCGAGCCGCGCACCUGCGCCUGCAGCCAGGCGGGCAUCCAGUGCCAGGUGGAUCGCACCUCGUUCCCCUGCGGCUGCUCGCGGGACGGCUGUGGGAACGUGGCCGGGCGCAUCGAGUUCAACCCGCUGCGGGUGCGCACGCACUUCCUGCACACGCUGAUGAAGCUGGAGCUGGAGAGCCGGCGCCAGGGCGAGGAGGAGGAGGAGGAAGGAGCCGCGGGCCCCAGCUGGCCGCCCCCGCAGCCCCCCGAGACUCAGGACUUCCAGGAGUACCUGGCGGAGAACGAGCGGGCGGUGCUGCACCUGCAGACGGCCGAGGAGCUGGAGAGGCUGAAGGCUGAGGAAGACUCUGGAAGCGGCUCUGGGGCAGAGGGGGGCGGGCUCUGCGUGCUGGGGGAGCCCCUGGAUGACGCCUGGCAGGUGAAGGCUGCCCCGUGCCCCGGGCUGGGCUCCACCCUCCUCAUCCCCGCCCAGUUCCCGCUGGAGUCCCCUGUGCUGUGCUACCCCCAGGGCCAGGUGGGCUCCCAGCCCUACCUGCCCGAUGCCCCUGGGCUCCUGUGCCAGCUGGAGCCUCGGGCACCUGCCAAGGGGGGCAGUGGGCACGUGGAGCACCCAGCUCCGGCCUCCAGCCCCAUCAGGAAGGAGCUGGGGGUCCCACCUGUCCCUGCGAGCAAGGAGGGAGCGCCCCAAAACCUCCCAGAGCACCUGGAGCAGCCCCACCUGCCCAUAUGAGUGGCCUCAGGCCCUGUGGCUCCAUUAUUUAUUCCAUGGAUUGAUUAUUUAAUUGGUGGGGGCUGCUCUGGACAGAGGAUUCACCUGGCCCAGGGCCAGGAGUCCUUUUCUCACCUGGUUGGGGUCACCAGGACUCACCUGAGCUGCAGCCUCUGGGAUCCUUCCUGCUCUCCAUCCCACCUGGCAGAGCUCACCUGUGCCAGGACUCACCUGAGCUGGAGCCUCCUGGAUCCCACAGCAGCUCUGUCCCCCCUGGCUGCCUCCACUUUCCUUGGUUUUAAGGGAAAAUCAGUUUUUCCCUAAUUGCUGUUUGUUUAAUGAAUGUCUCACCUGAGCCACCUCGUGCAGGUGAUGCUCCCACUCACCUGCAGCUGGGAAACACCUGGAACUGGCACAAGAGACCCAAGGCUGGAGUCCCCAACCUCACCUGGAAAUUCUGGGGAGUUGAACCAACUUCACCUCCUCGUUGGCUCCUCCAUCACCUGGAACUGCUCACCUGUACCUGUGGGAACCUUCUGGAACGUUCAUUCCCUGCUGGGAGGUGCCCCCAGCAGCUGCUGAGGGGUUGGAGCUGCCCCUCCAGGGACCAGAUUUGGGAUGUGAGGCUGCCGGAGUGUCCCUGUCCCUACCUGUGAUCCUGGCCCGCUGCAGGUGGGCUCUGGGUGUCCAGGUGCUCCUGGAGCAGCUCCAGCAGGACCAGAGCACUGCAGGUGUGCCCAGGUGUGCCAUGGAUGCAGUGG